AAUCCACUGCGCAUGCGCAGUACAGGACACACCGCCAAGGGAACGACCCAACGGUCUUACUCACAUACAGAUCAAAACAAACUUAACAAGAGUACACUUAGGGAAACGCUUGCUUACUUUUUACUUACAAUCUUUAUUUGCCUAAGCUGUUUCAGCGCUAAGUGGACGCCCGGGAAGAGAAAAAAGAAACCAGACCAAACCGAAACUAUUAACCCAGUUAAGCAGCCAUAGACUAACCACUAAGUCCAAUGGCGACAGCAACGCCGUGUGUGUCCAAGGUGGAGCUGACGGUCUCCUGUGAAAAUCUGUUGGACAUGGAUAUCGGGUCCAAGUCUGACCCUCUGUGUGUUCUUCUCAUGAAUACAUCUGAAAACCAGUGGUUCGAGGUUGGUCGCACAGAGAGGGUUAAGAAUUGCCUGAACCCAAAAUUUGCCAAGAAGUUUCUCGUCGAUUACUACUUUGAGAUCGUUCAGAAGCUGAGAUUCGGCGUUUAUGAUAUUGACAAUAAAACCAUUGAUUUAAGCGAUGAUGAUUUUCUGGGAGAGUUGGAAUGCACUCUGGGUCAGAUUGUUUCUAGCAGCAAGCUGGUGAGACCUUUGGUUCUGAAGAACAAAAAACCUGCGGGAAAGGGAACUAUUACGAUCACGGCAGAAGAAAUCAAGGACAACAGAGUCGUGAAUUUUGAGAUGGAGGCCAGGAAACUGGACAAUAAGGAUUUCUUUGGAAAAUCAGACCCCUACUUGGAAUUUUACAGACAAACGGAAACAGGCUGGCAGCUUGCUCACAGAACAGAGGUGGUGAAAAACAACUUAAACCCUUGCUGGAGACCAUUCAAAAUCUCUCUCCAGUCUCUCUGUGGAGGUAACAUGGAAAAACCAAUCAAGAUUGAAUGUUACGAUUAUGACAACGAUGGAUCUCAUGAUUUAAUCGGAAUUUUUGAGACCAAUAUGAAACGGCUGCAGGAGGCUUCCCGCACCGCUCCGGCCGAGUUUGACUGUAUAAACAGUAAGAAAAAGCAGAAGAAGAAAAGUUAUAAAAACUCAGGAGUCGUCAGUGUGAAACUUUGCCAGAUUGUCAGAGAAUACACCUUCCUGGACUACAUCAUGGGUGGUUGUCAAAUAAAUUUCAUUGUUGGUGUGGACUUCACGGGAUCAAAUGGUGAUCCCAGGUCACCUGACUCUUUGCAUUACAUCAGUCCUCAAGGUGUGAAUGAGUAUCUGGCAGCCAUCUGGUCAGUUGGCCUUGUGGUCCAAGACUAUGACAGUGACAAAAUGUUUCCUGCUUUUGGGUUUGGUGCCCAGAUUCCACCCAACUGGCAGGUGUCCCAUGAGUUUCCUCUCAAUUUCAAUCCCUCAAAUCCAUACUGUACAGGUAUAGAGGGUGUGGUGCAGGCCUAUAGGAGUUGUCUUCCUCAGGUCAAACUUUACGGCCCUACAAAUUUCGCCCCCAUCAUCACACACGUCGCUCGGUUUGCACAACAAGCUUUACAGGACAACAAAGCAUCGCAAUACUAUGUUCUGUUGAUCAUCACGGAUGGGGUGAUCACGGAUAUGGAUCAGACCCGUUCGGCCAUAGUCGCGGCUUCACGCUUGCCCAUGUCUAUAAUCAUUGUUGGCGUGGGGAAGGCUGACUUCACAGACAUGGAGAUUCUGGACGGAGAUGACGGACGGCUGAAGUCUACCACGGGAGAGCCAGCCAUUCGUGACAUAGUGCAGUUUGUGCCCUUCAGAAAGUUUCAGAACUCUCCUAAAGAAGCGUUGGCUCAAUGCGUUCUCGCUGAGGUUCCUGGUCAGGUGGUUACUUUCUUUAACAUGAUGAAGUUUCCUCCUCUAAACUCCAACACUCCUGUGGCAGCUCCAGAGGGGCCGGUAAAAAGCUGAGAGGCCUUUCCUUAACUCAUACUGCACAAAAUUCCCAGAUAAACAUCUGGAAACAUCUCGCAUCUCUCCUCCCAACCUAUACCUAGCAUUAUGUAAGGGAUAAUAAACAGCCAGUCAUUUUUACAAAUAACACCCAGACAGGGUGAUAAGAAUUAUGUAAUAAACUAGUUUAUUUUGUUUUAAAAUAAUAAUACAUUUUUUUUACGAUAUUUUUACUUUUGCAUUUUCUGUUGGUUAUGGAUCUUGAUCUAUAUUUGGACGAAGUCUAAAUGAAUGAGAUUAGUAUAGUUAGAUCUAAAGAUAAUUGGUAUGUUUCACCCACGUAAAUGAAAUAUCAGGAAAUGUCUUAGUAAGUGUUGCAGGUGAGAUGGGUACACACAGCAGCAGUAUGAAAGUAAUGUUUAAAAAUGAAUCCAGUGUCAUUCCCUUUUAAACGUGUUUACAGCAAUAAUGUUUUAUGCAAUAAUCAUGUCAAUAUCUAAGUUCUCUUCUGUAUGUCAUGUUUUUAUAUCUGUGUAUGAUUUUUAAACCGUGCCUGAUUCACAUCAAAUUUUGCAUAGACGUAUUGCCAUGUUUCUUUGACACGUAUGGGUCACAUUAUUUGCAGUUUUAUUACCUGUACAAAAACCUGUGCUCAGAGGUUAACAUAUUUUGGCAGCUGCGUUCAUGCCAAGUUUAACUUUUGACCAGAAUGCACAUAUUAGAUUACGGUAGUCUAAUAACGUUUGUGUAUACAGAUAAAAGCCAUACGAUAUAAUCUGUUUAUGAGGUUUAUAUCUAACUGGACUUUGUAGUCCUGUAGUGCCUGAAUACAUGGUGCAUGUAUACAAUAAAACGUAUAUGCACAAAUAAUCUACUUUUUUUUAUCAGUAUUGAUUAUGUUCGAUUUUUUUCACGUUCAGUAAUGCACAUUAAAUCUCAACAUCACGACCAGCCAAUAGAGCAUGGUGCAGUGUUUUUGCAUGUAAUGUGUCAACUCACUACUGUAGUAGUUGCUGUUAGAUAGUGAGGAUUGCAUUUUUGUCCCUGUACCAUACUCUGCUUUGUGCCAAAAAUAUAAAAAUAAAACAUGAAAUAGCUGCA